AUGCACGUUUCAGCGCCCCAAUACCGAAACACCAACUCACAAGCUCCUGCUGGACAGAGCAUAUACAUUCCCGAGGAAACAGUUGGCCCCUUUACGCACACCAGGAUCCCGGAUGGGGUAUUCGUGCCCAUACCCCAACAUAUUCGUCCUUUCCUAGACACAAAACAUGAACCAACCGCGAGCGGUUAUGUCCCGAAUCGUAGAGCCGAUGGCAGCGAUGAUAUGAAUAUGGCUAAUGAUUACUACUACAAAAUACGCCGCCUUUCACCCGUGAGGCACCCCGCCACCAACCGCGUCCUCUCGGCUUACAGUGGUGUAGAGCUCAAACCCGAUUCAAAUUUUUCUGCACAUCAAUUUGACGAGUACAUCUUCCACGCCGUCCGCAAGUCUCGCUUAUUCAUGUUCAGGGUAGAGAAGCAAGCCGCACUUACCGGUCAUCGCCAUCCGCGUGGGCUUGAGAGCACUAGAUGCAGGUUUGCGAAAUGCCCUAUUGAUGGGACUAUAAGGCCUGGACAGAUUCGAGUAUGCAUUUCCGAGUUCCUCGACCCCCGGAACGAAGUACUUGACCCUUACCACAAUGCCGCUUAUGUCCAUCUCUACUGCCUGGAAAACUUCUGCAACCUCCCCUCACUCCUGGCCGAGACCAAUGUCGCUUUCCUUCCCGCGGGCCAGCUCGCGAAAGAGUCAUAUUUCCCUCCGGCCCUGAACGCCGCCGAACGCGAGGCGUGCCUACAGUGGGCCGACCAGGCGCGUCAACACUGGAGAAAUUUCAAGCGCGCUUACCCGUUGCCUGAAGCUCGACCGAGAUAUAAACCUUCAGAUCAUGAUAGGCUUUACUAUCGUCUCGAGCAGAUUCGCGAGAGCCACAAGGUGACGAACAAACGUUGGCACGAAGACUACAAUGGCCCUCAAGUGUACACUUAUAAUAACCAGGGACAGCGAGAUCCUGCACCCGAACCUGCUCCCAAGAAACCUCGGAUAGUGCCACCCAGAAUACCCAUCCCCGCCUCCGGCUGGAACAGUGGUGCCAUAAUUUGCCAAGGCCCUCUCCCGCAUCGAAUGCACUCACCAACAUCUCUCUCACAGAUAUUCAACAACAAAAGUAUUCCCACUGAUGCGCCACUACCCCCGUCCCCUGGGGAUAUACUGCCGUCGCGUCCGACAGAGGGCGCUCAGCUCCAGCUCUAUACAAACGGUGUCGGUGGUCUCGGGGAGGGUGCAGAGUAUUCUACAGAGGAAAUCAAUACCAUGUUAGCUGAGUACUUUACUAACGAGGACUUUGCUAGUAUCUCGCAACCCAUGUACGAAGAACUCCCCUGCAAUGAGCCGGAGCAAGCUCCCCAGCCGGAGCAAGACAAUCAGCUGGUAGCUGCUGUCAAAACCCCCGUGGUGACGGAGGGUUGGCACAAACCCCGGAGGUCAUCGGCGCCGCCGGUUCUAAGCGUCCAAAACGCAAGGAUUAGGAAGAGCUCAGCCGCGAGUAGAAGGAACUCGAAGACAAAGGAUAGACUAGUGGCUGAAGCAGACCUGGAAGAGUUGCACAAAGGCAGUUAA